AUUUUACCUAGUGUGCAAACCUCAUCAAGGGCAGAGAAGAGAAAAUCAAAGUUGGACUAGUCAGAGAGAGGAGUACAGAGCUAAGAUGAACUUCCUUCCAUAUUUCUCCAUUGAGACCUGGGGUCUUCUGAUCACCCUCCUCGCUCUCCUGAUACUAUAUGGGAUCUGGCCAUAUGGUUUAUUUAAGAAACUGGGUAUUCCUGGGCCAACACCCCUGCCUUUCUUUGGGACCAUCUUGGAGUAUCGCAAAGGUAUGGUGGACUUUGACAAAAACUGCUUUCAGAAAUAUGGGAAAAUCUGGGGGCUUUACGAUGGCAGACAGCCUGUGCUGGCCAUCCUGGAUUCUACACUCAUUAAAACUGUGCUGGUGAAAGAGUGCUACACCACCUUUACCAACCGCCGGAGAUUUGGUCCAACAGGAAUGCUGAAGUCGGCUAUCUCCCUAGCUGAGGACGAGCAGUGGAAGAGGAUUCGCACUGUGCUCUCUCCAACCUUCACCAGUGGGAAGCUAAAGGAGAUGUUUCCCAUCAUGGUACAUUAUGGGAAGGUUUUGGUGAGAAAUGUUCAGAAGCAAGUGGAAAAGGAUGAGCCGGUAGCUGUUAAAGAUGUGUUUGGUGCCUACAGCAUGGAUGUUAUCACCAGCACUUCGUUUGGUGUGAAUACUGACUCCAUGAACAACCCCCAAGACCCAUUUGUGAAGGAGGCUAAGAAACUAGUGAAGUUUGACUUUUCCCCAUUUUUUAUUUUGCUAACUGUAUUUCCAUUCCUUACUCCUCUUCUUAAUAUGCUGAAUGUGAACGUUUUCUCAAAUGAUGCCCUGGAAUUCUUCACACGGGCAGUCACCAAAAUAAUAGAAAAGCGCAAGAGAGAAACCCGCACGGACCGAGUGGAUUUCCUGCAGCUGAUGAUUGACUCCCAGAAUUUAAACACCAGUCACGAAAGCAAUGGGUUGGGUCACCCAAAUAAAGUCCUGACUGAUAUCGAGAUUCUGGCACAAGCAAUUAUCUUUAUUUUUGGUGGCUAUGAGACCACCAGCUCCAUUCUUGGCUACAUAGUUUACAGUCUAGCUACUCACCCCGAUGUACAGCAGAAGCUGCAGGAGGAGAUAGACUCUGUUCUUCCCAACCAGGCACCUCUCACUUAUGAUGCCCUGAUGCAGAUGGAAUAUGUUGACAUGACAGUGAGUGAAACCCUCAGGCUCUUUCCUUUUGGAGGGCGAAUUGAAAGGGCCUGCAAGAAAGAUGUAGAGAUAAAUGGAGUGAUCAUUCCCAAAGGCACCGUGGUUAUAAUCCCACCCUACCUUCUGCAUCGUAUCCCAGAAUACUGGCCAGAAGCAGAGGAAUUCAGACCUGAAAGGUUCAGUAAAGAGAACAAAGAGACGAUGGAUCCUUAUGUGUACCUGCCCUUUGGAGCUGGACCCAGGAACUGCAUUGGAAUGAGGUUUGCUCUCCUCUCCGUAAAAGUUGCUAUUGCCAGUCUGCUGCAGAAUUUCACCUUCAGACCCUGCAAAGAAACUCCGAUACCUCUCAAACUGAGUUCAAACGCAUUCAUAACUCCAGUGGACCCUAUCAUUCUGAAGUUGGUCCCCAGAACCACAGAAUCGAAGGAGUAAAAUCCAGUGGAGUUUUAUAGCAGCUCUUCAGAGGCCAAUGGCUGCUGUACGAACAGAUACUUUACAAGUUAUUCUGGGAAGCUAAUGUAGGCACAGAAGAGUUUAAUUCAGAAGACAAUUGCUAAAUAUUUGCAGAAAAGCAUGACUAGAGAAACAGGGAGAGACAAAGUGGGUGAGGUAAGGAACCAUUAGACUAUAUGCUAACUACUUAUGCUAAACUAUGUGUUGGAUGUUGUAUUUAGCUGUGACACACAU